GAAUUUUCUUAUCAUAGUUCCACUCUAUCUUGGCCAAUCGGAUCGACCCAACUGUGGGUCCAAUCAGGACGAACUACUCAUUCGACCAAUCACAAUCAAGCCUUCAGUUCAGUUCGAAAUUCAAAAACAUGGAGGCAAUUUGUUGAUAUCCUUUUGGGAAGUUAGGGAUUUUUGGGAGAAAUCUUUGGCCAUGAAGCUCGAAAACGGUGCUCAAGAGGUGAUCCCUCUUGGCGAGAGAGUGGUGCCAAGACCAUCAACAAAAUCUAAAAAGCCCCCUAUUCCUCCCCCGAAGAGAUUGCUUCAGAAGGAAACACAAGCCAAGCAUGCAGAUUUCAAUGAUUUGACAGCACUUACUUCCCUUAAUGAAGAAACAGUACUCCAAUGUGUUGAGGCAAGAUACAAAGCAGGAGUUUACUACACUUGGGCAGGGUUGCCGCUGGUAGCAGUCAAUCCAUUUCAUGAAGUAGCUGCUCUAUAUGACGAGGAGGUUGAAGAGAAAUACAGGAGCGCAUCUGCAUCAGAAUCUAGGGAGCUUCCUCCCCAUAUAUAUGCUGUUGGUCAGAAGGCUUACUGUGACCUGAAGAGAGGCCUUGAAACCAGUAACCAGUCUAUAAUAGUGAGCGGAGAGAGUGGAGCAGGAAAGACCUGGACAACACGAAGUCUUAUGCAGUUUAUUUCUGACAUGACUGGAAUGAGGGAGGAGUCUGGGAAUGAUGUGUCACUAAUCGAACAGCGAAUCCUUGACUCGAAUCCAGUGCUGGAGGCUUUUGGCAAUGCAUGUACAACAAGGAAUGAAAACAGCAGCCGCUUUGGCAAAUACAUCCAACUUCAGUUCAACAGGCAGUUCCAAAUCGUUGGUGCAAAACUAAAGACAUAUUUGCUGGAAAAGACAAGGGUUGUACAUCAGGCCGAAGGGGAAAGAAACUUCCAUAUAUUCUACCAGAUGUCAGCAGGCAUGGCCUAUGCAAGUAGGAGCACUUCGAAGGCUUCGGAGAAAGCUCGUCGCCGAUCGUCUAGAUGGGGAGGUGUAGACCAUCAGGCGUUCGUGGAGACGCGCGAGGCAAUGAGGAAUAUCGGAAUCCACGAUGAACAGCAAGAUGAAAUAUUUAAGGUGCUAAGUGGAAUCAAGCAAAUCUGCGCGGUCGACUUUGCUAAAGAAGAAGACGCCUGCAUAUUCACGCGACCAGAGAAAGCGCGCGAAGCCAGCGCCCUACUCAGCGUUUGCGCUGAAAGACUCGCACAGUGCCUCAGCACGCGUCGCAUCACAUCCAAGGGGACUGGGGAGGUUUUUAUGAAGCCAUGCAGUGUUCACGAAAGCGAGGCACGAAGGGAUUGCGUUGCAAAGGUGAUCUACGCGAGGUUGUUUGAUUGGAUUGUGGAUUUUAUCAACACCAGUAUAAAAGCCCCUCGUCACUCUAAACACGCUUUCAUUGGUCUUCUGGACGUGUAUGGCUUUGAAAGUUUCCUACUCAACAGUCUAGAGCAACUGUGCAUCAAUUACGCCAAUGAGAAACUUCAGCAGCAUUUUGUGCUUUAUUUUCUGAAGAGACAACAGGAUGAAUACCAAAAAGAGGGAGUCGAUUGGGAUUUCCAGGAAUUUGUGGAUAAUCGCCCGUGCCUGGACUUACUGGAAUCACGGAGUGGGGUGUUUGCUCUGCUUAACGAAGAAUGCCGGCUGAACCGCCCGGUCGAUAAUCGGGGCCUCAGUGAUCGCCUCAACUUUUCCUUAAGAUCAAACACGCACUUCUCUCAACUACGACAGAGGAGCCAGUCGCCGAACUUCGUCAUUCAUCACUAUGCGGACAGUGUGUGUUACGAGGUCGAAGGACUUGUUGAGAAAAACAAGGACCACACGCCAGAUGAUUUGCUAGAGCUACUGCAAACCAGUGACAGCUGGCUCAUCCAAGUCUUGUUCCCCACCGACAAAUCAGAUACUGAGAAGAAUGUUGGAAAUGUCCAUAAGCCCCGUCCGACCAACAUCACAGUAGUCAGUAAAUUUAAGACGUCCCUGGAUAAACUGAUGUCUUCCCUCAAGUCCACGAAUGCACACUACAUCAGAUGCGUCAAACCGAAUACGCUAUCAGAUCCUGGCACCUUCGAUAGGGAGCAGGUAUUGGGUCAGUUACGAGCGUGUGGAGUGAUCGAGACUAUCAGAAUCAGUGCAGCGGGUUAUCCAAUCAGACUUACCCACCGAGAAUUCAUCACCCGCUAUAACUUCGCCGUGACCCACAUAAAGCCCUCUCUACCACUCACGCCGAUUCGCCAGUCCCAGGCCUCCCCGAGUACGCCCGAGGCCCCUGACGCGAUCACGCGUCUAAAGAAGGCUGAGCGCCGAUCCCGCAGACGACGGAGGAGUGGGUACGACCAUACUCCACACAUCUGCCAAUCAAUACUGGCUGCAGUUGGUUGCUAUGGAGAUGAUUUGAAGGAGAAUGUAGCCGCGGUGGAUGGUCGCGAGACUGGGUUCAUGCUCGGCAGAACGAAGAUCUUUCUGCGGGAACACGCGAUGGAAACGCUGGAGGGAGCGCGUGAGAGGCAACUCCACAAAUGUGCGUUUAGUGUUCAGUGCUGCUGGCGACGGUACAAGAGACGUGUGGCCAGGAGAAACAACGACGCCGCCACUGUCAUACAGAAAGUGACAAGAGGCUGGCUUGCACGAAGCCACUACCAGUCGCUACAACGCGCUACUCUCCUCAUACAACGUUACGCGCACAUUUAUCUAAGCAAGAAGAGAAAGCAGCGCACAUACACGCAAAUCCAACGAGACGAUACAGAGCAAAGAACCGAUCUACCCGACCAACAGCCAAUUUCUUCUCAAAUGAAAACCCUAAGCGAAUCACUCGUCUCCAGUCCGCCAAUUUUGAGCCCCUCUUCAAGGCCUGGCUCCACUGCGCAGUCUUCUCAUUGGUUUACGCCGUUCAUGCCGCAUGGGCACGUGUAUAACUCGUGUAUGUCACGUGUUCUGGGGCUAUUUGGCGACGUAGGAACGGAUCAGGAGACGCAUCAUUCUGGUGGGAUCGCCUCCAAAAGGGCAAUCGAGAAGGUUCCAGUGUUUUUCCACUGUCGGGGAACCCCGCUUUCUAACGCUACUACCAGGCCUUUGAAAAGCCAGACAGCAGACCCGGGACUUGGCUGGUUGUCUUCAUUGACGUAAAUUCACCUGACUUACCUCUGACCCUCUCGCUUCUCUCAGCUCGAGCGUCUGUACUCAUUUACCAGUAGCCUGUCUAGGUACACUUUGAGUAGUAGCUGCUGUAUCGAGCGUUUCACUUCUCUUGGUUUGAUCGGGAGGGAAGUGAAAGGCUCGACACUGCAGCGAUUGCUUGGAGUCUAGUGCCAAGGUGGAGCUGGGCUAAAUGCAAGCUACUGAAUGAAAGAGUGAAGAGCGUUUGAGGUGAAAAUAAAAGAGUAGAGAGCAUUUGAGGAGAAAGACGUUCAAGGCAUUAGGGUCAGAGUAAAAUUGCAAGCAAGAAACAAGAUUAUAAAGCAAUAGACACAAGAAUAAAAGUAAUUUGCCUUUUUAUAGUACAAAAUAUAUUUCAUUUUUUUAAAAAGGUAUUUUAAAUAAGUCAAAUGUGCUAAUUAGAAUUGUGCAUGCAAAGAAGGACUUUUUUCUUUUAUGUAAAAGCUAUUUUUUUUAAUUUAAAGAAACAAACUAGA